AUGGAAAACUGCAAUAAAGUAAGUAGCCCCAUUGUACCUGGUUGCAAGUUAGUAAAAGAUGAAAAUGGAAAAGCUACUGAUGCAAAGGAAUUUAAGCAAAUGGUUGGAUGCUUAAUGUAUCUUCUUGCAACAAGGCCUGAUCUGGCUUACUCUGUGUGCCCGGUUGUUAGGUAUAUGGAUAGGCCUACUGAAUUACAUUUUGCAGCUCUGAAGAGAAUUCUAAGGUACUUAAAAGGUACUCUGACUGAUGGAAUCAUAUACCAAAGUGAAGCAAGGAAAUCACUUAAGCUGGUUGGUUGGUCAGACUCUAACUAUGCUGGAGACUUGAAUGACAGGAAAUCUACAUCUGGCUAUGUGUUUAUGUUGGGUUCAGGUGCUAUUUCUUGGUCUUCAAAGAAACAAGCCAUUGUCACUCUGUCAACCACAGAAGCUGAAUAUGUUGCAGCUGCCUCAUGUGCUUUUCAAUGA